UAAUUCAUUUCUCAAUAGACUUCCAAACAAGACAUAUAACCGCCGAUGUGCUGCCAAUUUUCGCUCCCAUUUUUGACUUGUAGCUGCAGUUUGUACACGGUAAAGUAUCAAAAUAAAAAGAUGUCAACCUAAAAUAACUAUAGCAGCUAUAGAGCUCUCGACUUAAAUGUUUUUAGGUUUGGUUUAUUUUAAACGUUCAAAACUGUUUUAAUCAUUCAUCUUUGCUGCCCUUUGUUAAGUUAAAUUUCUUUUACUCAAAAGUCACUCUCUCCAAAUGUGUGUUGUAGUUUUUUCACAGCUGGGCGGCACGUCGAACUGUUGCGAUCGAGUGUUUAAUAGUGCGGUAGACGUAUUAUUUUUUUGGUUUCUUUGUGGUGUAUUGGACUUGGUUGUGCCUGUAAUUUUGUUUACAAUGCGAAUGAAUUGGAGUUUGGAAUUAAGUGCAAUAUCAUUAAUGUUAUCAGUGUUAAUAAUACAGCAUACGCAUGGGGAUAGUUUUUGGUUACAGUUUAAAAAUGAAAGUGCUACAUUUUCUGUAGGCGCGAUUUCCUGUCACAUACCGAAUGAGCAAACUUUAGGAGUAUGUUUGGAAGUUAGUAAAUGUGAUGCAUACUUAAAAGUCCGAAAUUCAUAUAAUUUGCCAGCUGAAAAAGUAAAUUUUUUAAGGCAAGUUCAGUGUAUAUCCACUAUUUCUACUACUGAAGUCAGUGAAUUCAUUGAACCACUAGUAUGCUGCCCAUCCAAUGGACAAAGUUACAUCUAUCCAAUAAUAAAAUUCACUAAAUUUGAAUACAGAAGCUUUUCAGACUUGAGAGCUCGUUUCAAAAAAAAGAAACUCAAACGCAGAAUUCAUACAGUGGAGUCUUCAGAAGGUUUUAACCUAUCAAAUGAAUGCGGCAAACAGGUAACAAAUCGUAUAUAUGGUGGAGAAAUAGCAGAGCUAGAUGAAUAUCCGUGGUUAGCAUUACUUAUUUAUAAUACAAAUGAAUUUGGUUGCAGCGGGGCUUUAAUAUCAACUCAACAUAUAUUAACGGCAGCUCAUUGCGUUCUUGGUAACGGGGUACGAGAGAAGAAUGGACUCAAAUAUAUACGUCUUGGAGAAUUUAAUGUGAAAACUGAACCUGAUUGCAUAGAAGAACCAAAUUACUUAAAUUGUGCCGAUGCAGCAUUGAACAUUGGCUAUGAUAAGCUAUUUGUACACCCAGAAUAUGACGAAAAUUCUUUUAACAAAUUUAAUGAUAUUGCUAUAAUUCGUUUGAAACAUAAAGUUUCCUUCACACACUUUGUAAUGCCAAUAUGUUUACCAGCCGAUAAUGAAGUGCAUCCCUUUGAACCUGGUCAAAUGUUUUCAGUGUCAGGCUGGGGCAGAACAGACUUAUUCAACAAAUACUUUAUAAAUAUACACAGUCCUAUCAAACUAAAGUUACGUAUACCUCUUGUGUCAAGAGAAAACUGUACAAAAGUGUUAGAGAAAUUGGGUGUAAAGCUUGGAUCAAAACAAAUUUGUGCUGGAGGUGAAUUCGCUAAAGACACUUGUGCCGGUGAUAGUGGAGGACCCCUUAUGUACUUUGACCGCAAAUAUUCCCGCUGGGUCGCCUAUGGUAUUGUUAGUUAUGGAUUUACAAAGUGUGGAAUGGCAGGAUAUCCCGCUGUCUACACAAACGUUGCGGAGUAUCUAGAGUGGAUACAACACACUAUUCACAGUUAAAACAAGUAGGUCUCGCUCUCCAAUACCUUUGCAAUUAUUUAUUAUCUUAGAGUU